CACGAAUUGCAAAGUGUAAUGUGAUUAAAUGAAAAAUGUGCGAUAAAUUGACCUAUUCGCUUCAGUAUACGGAGGCAAAAGCAAUUCUUGUUAUUACUGCACCGGAUUUGGAUGUGGAACAUGAAGAUAUCCUUUCCCUGGAGGUGUUUGAUCAGGAGCUUGUAUUCACCGCACCGCCUCACUAUCAAAGAAUACCUUCCAAAAAUACUCUAGUACCCGGAGAAGUUUUUCCAACAAACAUAGAUUAUGAAAAAAGUGCGAUCACUUACCACAUACCACUAAGUGUUGAAAAAGACUUAAAUGAACCGCCACAAAAGGGUUUCAAUUAUGGAUUCGGUGAUUUUUAUGAUUCCGUGCUAAAUAUUCAAACUACUCAGGACUUCAAGACUUUGUCAAACCCGGAACAAUUCUCCAACGAUGAGAGAAGGGCUAAGCGACUUGCAGACGAGCAGAAGGAUUUUAACGAAGAACACUACGGAAUGGACUGCGUCCAAUAUAUGAUAGAUGGUUUUGGGAUACGACCAGACGGUGUACCGUUAGACAUACAACUUACUGACGAGCAGAGGUACCAGAUAGAAUUGAUUAUGGAUAGGAAAAAAUGCGACUUGAAUCGGUAUACAUGGCAGCACCCAGAUUUAACCGUUCUGGCUGGUUUGGUGGAUAUUCUAUUGGCAACGUUGUAUGAUAAAUUGGUCAACUCUAACGAGUUGAACGAGGCCAUAUCUCACUUCAACAUUCAUCGAUUAUCGGCUACGCUGUCGUACUUUGAAAAACAUGAUUCCAUCCAUCAGGUUUUAAUUGCAUUUUAUCGGCGAUGCUGUAUCUAUCCAUUGUACAGAAGUAAAAACUUGGCACUGAUGUGUACAAGAAUACUGAUCGAUGCUUUGAAAUCAAAUGAUUUUGUCGAUUGGAUUCUGGAGAAAUUGCUGCAUUGUUAUGAAGCUUUCAAAAGAAAUGAGUGUACUAUAUUAAAUCAUUACUAUAUAAAAGAUUUUGUAAGAUUUGUUCAAUCGACGCUAUCGAGAGAUCGGAUUCAAGACCUUGGAAAGGAAAUUGCCGAGUUUUCGCCAUCGGUUUUUACCGGAUCGCUAGGGCUUGGAGAAGCAUCUAUUGCUCUCAAGAUGAUCAAAUCGAUUAUGGAUAAUGAUGAUGAUACGACUGAUUCUGAUGAUACGGACGGCUCCAGUACAGACGAUGGUACCGAAACAGAUACCAGUACUGACGAUGAAGGUGUUUCAGAUUCUGUAGAAAGUGUACUAGAUAAGUUGAAAAAUAUAAAUUUACAGAUUUGA